UUUCUUUGUUAAGUUUUCGUUUGCGUAGUUGGUGGUGGUUAGUGCUGUUGACAGGCAGUGAUGUCAAUGUGAGUGUGGAAAAUUUCUAAAGUCACCAAUCGAGAGAGAAUUUGCUUGGACGUGCUAUCCCGUAUGUAGGUGACGAAAGGCAGCGAUUUUUAAUGGAUUUUAGAGAAUUGGAUGUGAUUUAAUUGGAGGAUAAACGAGAGAGCGACCAGACCGACCCAAGGAAAUUAACAGUGACCGAAAUGCUAGUUGUAUUAAGGACAGGUUUAAGAAAUAACUGGCAUUCCAGCAUCAGCAGACGAUGUUGCCACAAGUGCCAGAACAGGUUCAUAUAUGAUGACUUGAAGCACUCCAACCGGAUCCUGUUGUACAGCAGUCCUGGCCUCAAUUCAUUAAUAAAAUAUAAUAAUUCUACUUUGGAGCGGACUCAUCCACAAUAUGAUCUCAUUAGGAAUUUCUCUGUUUCGAGCAGGCUCUAUGACAAGGAACCACUCAAGCCCUCCUCGAAAGUGGAAGUGACAGUGCAAGCCUUGAAGAAGAAGCAAGAAGAGGAAUUGAAGUCAGUACCAGCUGAAGCACCACCGAAGCAAGUGGCUAAGAAAUCAAUCAAGCAGAAGAUUGUUGAUGAAAUAGUGCAUUACUACCAUGGCUUUAGGCUGCUUUUCAUUGACAUGAAGAUCUCUGGUGGUUUGAUGUGGAGGGUAUUGAAUGGGAACUCCUUAUCCCGUAGGGAGUACAGAUUGCUGAUGAGAACUGUUGGUGACAUGUUUAGGUUAGUUCCAUUUUCUGUAUUUAUUAUUGUUCCGUUUAUGGAAUUGCUGCUGCCAGUGUUCAUAAAACUUUUCCCUGGUAUGUUGCCAUCCACUUUCCAAACAGCCACUGAGAAAGAUGAAAAGCUAAAGCAGAAUCUGAAAGUCAAAUUGGAAAUGGCCAAGUUCUUGCAGCAGACAUUGGAUGAUAUGUCACUUGAGCAUAAAGACCAUAAUUCGCAACAGGCUAAGGAGUUUUCUGAGUGGUUCCACAAAGUGAGGAAUACUGGAGAGCACGUUUCCAACGACGAAAUUUUGAAGUUUUCCAAGUUGUUCAAAGACGAAAUCACCUUGGAUUCUUUGUCGCGUAGCCAGUUAGUCGCGUUGUGUCGGGUUUUGGAGGUGCAAACUUUAGGAACGAAUAAUCUGCUAAGGUUCCAACUCAAAAUGAAAUUGAGGACACUGGCGGCCGAUGAUAAGAUGAUCCAGAAGGAAGGUGUGGAUUCGUUGAGUUUGUGGGAGUUGCAACAGGCGUGCAGGGCACGUGGUAUGAGGGCGCUGGGCGUUCCCGAAUCGCGUUUACGGACGCAGCUUCAGGAUUGGUUGGUUCUUAGUUUGGACGAGAAGGUCCCGCCUUCGUUGCUCCUUCUUUCCCGUGCUCUUAUGUUGCCUGAAACUAUACCAACUGGCGACAAAUUGAAAGCCACGAUUUCUGCACUGCCCGACAACAUUGUUACGCAAACUAAAGCGUCUAUCGGAGAAAAGGAGGGUAAAAUUGAUAACAAAGUUCAACUUGAGGUUAUUAUGGAAGAGGAGAGGAAGAUCAGGGAGGAAAGGAAGGAAAUGGGCGACGAGUUCAAGAAAUCUGAACAAGAUAAGGAAGUGCUUUUGGACAAGGCGCCCACGAUUACAUCCGAUACUGGUAUCAAGAAAAAAAUGCCGACUGUAGAGGAACCUAAGCGCGAAAAGAAGAUCCUCAUCUCCAAAGACAUGGAGGCUCUCGAGGACGCGUUGGAUGCCAUCUCCAAAGAGAAGAAACCAAUGGUCGAGAAGGUCGAAAUUGAAGAGCUCAAAGAACAGAUGGCCGAUUAUCAGGAGGAUGUGCAAGAUCUAAAGAAGACCGUCGCUGUUCUUCCCAAGGGUGAGAUUAAGGAAACCAAGGCAGCCAAACGUCUGUACAAGAAGGUGCACAAGAUGAUCAACCGAAUGGAUCACGUCCUCAACGAGUUGGAAGUGAAAGAGGAGAAACGCAAGAAGCAUUUACAGGAUAUUACCAGCGAGAAAGAGGAGCUUCUGAAGAUCGAAGACAUCAUGGCUGCCAUAAAGCAGAUCAAAAACGUGCCAGACGAAUCCAGGUUGCAACAAAUUUCCAUGGUCUUAAGCAAAAUUGAUGACGAUCACGAUGGCGCGAUUAAAAUCGAGGAUGUCCUAAAGGUGAUUGAAUUCAUUGGAAAGGAGAACGUUCAUCUGAGCCCGAAGCAAGUGGACGAGUUGGUCGAUUUGCUUGAGAAGGAGGAGAUCCUGGAGGUGGAGGACAAAAUCGAGAAGGCUUUGAAGAAAGAGCAGGAGCGAAAGGAAGAGAAGAAACCGGAAAAGGAAAUUUCUUCUUUAGAACUGGAGUCAAGUAAACCGACGGCGAUUCCCAAGGAAGCCCUAGAUAAAUUGAAGAUGCCGCCACCACCGCCCGCCUCUCAAACAUCAGAGGUAAAACCACCGCCGAACAGUAUUGAUCCCAAGAGCAAGAACGAUACUACUAAACAAAUUUAACUUAUUUAUAUGAUAUAUACAGAUGGAUUGUAUAACCUUAGAUAAUUAGUAAAUUAAUUUUCCUGUUGUUACCGACGUGUACAUAUUAAAAUAUAAAUAUAUAUAUUUAAUAUAUAAUUUUUUUAUAUAUAUAUAUUAUAUGCGAGGUACGAAUGGAGGAUUUCUUUGAAAAAGGGCCCAUCGUCAUCAUCGAUCGAUCGAUUGUUUUUUCUUGUUUGUUUCUCUUCUCUUCUUUUUUUUUUGUAAAUAAAUAUGAAUCAAAUGAUUUUUACUUGGAACAAGGCAAUUUUGUUACAGCUUAUUUUUAUACUUAAUAUAAUUAUAAAUAUAACGAAGAUCGAAAAUUUU